CAAAACUGAAACAUAAACGCUAACGGUUUUUCGCAUGUGCUUGAUGUCGAAUAUUUAUUCAUUGAUACGCGUCAGUUUUAAUACAUUUUCCUCUCACGAUAAAACUUGCUUCGAGUAGAGUGUUCACGGAUAAGAGGAGCUUGUUUUUGGAAUCAAAACAAUUUUUGAAGUUACAGCAAUAGCUUGUCAUAUAGUAGAUACAGCUGUAUCACGAUGUGAGGACUGAUGAGAACAAUUGAUCUACAAAAGCAUAAAGGCAAUGGUUUUCAAUAAGAAAGAUCUCAGUAAAGUAGUCUCGCCUAGCAAAACUAUGAAGGCGAUGGGAAAAAAGCUGUUUCAGAGUGGCGAAUUGGUCAAGCCGAGCACAAGCGGCACUGCAAUUGUUCAAAGCGAGGAUACUUCCGAGAUAUCUAUCAAAGUAAUUGUGAGAGUUCGCCCGUAUAAUGAACGCGAGCUGCAGGAUAAUAGCAGAACAGUAGUUGAGGUUGUCGACGAUAAGAUGUUGAUUUUUGAUCCGAAAGUGCGGGAUACACCAUUUUUCUUUCACAAUGUAGCGCAAAAAAGUAGGGAUAUGCUGAAGAAACAGAAUAAGCAGUUGCAGUUCAUUUUUGACAGGAUUUUUAGCACGACAUCGACCAAUAUUGAUGUUUUUGAAGGAAGCACCAAGAGCUUGAUUACUAGACUCCUCGACGGCUACAAUUGCUCUGUGUUUGCUUAUGGUGCCACUGGCGCUGGCAAAACUCAUACUAUGCUGGGCAAUAAAGAAGAUCUUGGUAUUACGUAUCGUACUGUAGCAGAGCUCUUCUACGAGAUCGAGAAACAAAGUAAACAUCGCGAAUUUCACCUAGGUGUAUCUUACUUGGAAAUAUAUAAUGAGAAUGUACAAGACUUGUUGCAUAAGUCAGGCCAAUUACACUUGAGAGAAGAUGGUAGAUGUGGAGUUGUAGUUGCUGGUUUAGAACCAGUUGCUAUCCAAAGCGCUGAAGAAUUAUUAUUACUAUUGGCAGAAGGUAAUAAAAAUCGUACUCAACAUCCAACAGAUGCAAAUAAGGAAAGUAGUAGAAGCCAUGCAGUUUUCCAAGUAUAUAUCAAGAUAAUUAAUAAGUUGGAUAGUCAAGUGCAGAGAGUCAAGUUGUCUAUGAUCGACUUAGCAGGAUCUGAAAGAGCUUCAGCUACUGGUUGUAAAGGUGUAAGAUUUAAGGAAGGCGCUAAUAUUAAUAAAUCUUUACUGGCCCUUGGAAAUUGUAUAAAUAAUCUAGCAGAUGGUAUAAAACAUAUUCCAUAUAGAGAUUCCAAACUCACGAGGCUACUGAAAGAUUCACUUGGUGGUAAUUGCCAUACUGUUAUGAUAGCUAAUAUUGGUCCCUCUAGCCUUAGUUAUGAAGAUACAUAUAAUACUUUAAGAUAUGCAAAUCGCGCAAAGAAAAUCAAAUCAUAUGCCAAAAAGAAUGUGUCUUGCGAAAUGCAUGUUGCUGGUUAUAUCAAGAUAGUGGAGGAACAAAAGAAGGAAAUAGAUAUUUUGAAAUCAAAAUUAGCAGCUUUUGAGAAUGGAUCAUCGCUGGUAAAUAAACCAAAUAAAUUGAUGUUGGAAAUGCAUUGCAAACUUACAAAGUUAUAUGAAAAGAAGAAAGAUUUGAUUGAGAAAGUGCUAACUUUGGAAAGUUCCGAUAAGAUUUUAGCUUGCAGGAUACUUUAUAAGAAAGAUGCAGACGAUAGACUGUAUAAUUUGACAACAGCUGCCAAUGAUUUGUCAGUGGAAGAACACAACGCUAGUGGAAAAUCUCGUAUCAACAAAUCUUUACAUUACUUCCAACGGCAAAGAGAUUCUCUCAAAACACAAAUGCAAGCGACAUGGCAGAAAUUAUGUUCGGUUGAGACAGAAAUACAAGAAAUAACUACUUCUCAAUUAAAAGUUAAACCUUUUGAUGAGAAUUUACAAAGUAAAUUGUCUUUGCAAAUUUCCGACAUUGAGAAAUGUUGGAUUCCCUAUAUGCAGCAACACAUGAAGAAAUUUUGUAGUCUCCUGCAAUGUGAGAGGCAAUCAAUUAACACUAUAAUGAAAGUAAUGAGUAAUACAUUGCAAAAUUAUUACAAUAUGGUGAAAGGCUAUGGAACAAUGACUGAUAAAAUGCAACUGGAAUUCAAAGAAUUAAUAAAGUUGCUUGAAGGUUUCCGAAAUAUCAAAUGGUCUGAUUCUGACACAGUAAGCAAUGAGGAAAAUUUCAAUGUAUUUACUUGUUUGAGUAUGGAUGUAAUGGAUCCUUUAAAUAAUCCUAUACCAGCUGUUGCGAUAACACCGGAAGCAAAUGAGAGAUGCGACGAUCAGACUACGAAUAUUUUGAAUUUUACUUUUGACGCUGCUGCAAAUGAGAAUAACGAUAUCGAUAAUGUCUUUAAUUUAGGCAACGAGAGUAAUAGUCAUGAAAAUAAUGUGAAUGACAAAUCUGUGCAAGAAAUUCCACGUGAGAAAACUACUGUAAAAAUAACAAGAAAACGUGUACUAUCUGAUAAAAACAGCGAAAACAACAGCACACCUCCAAAGCAGAUGAGAAAGCUAUUAACGAAUAAUAAAAGUAUUGUACAGAAUAAUAGUCGAGUAGAUAAGGAGAAUAUGAAUAAGAAGCCUACUCAAAUGAGCGCCAAGAGCAUUGCAAUUUUAAAUAAGUUAAAGAGUAAUACAACUGCUCUUACACCGACUUCAUCUCGGCACAAUAAUGCCGAGGAAAGAACGGAUGUGGCGCUUAAGGUGAUACGUAAUAAAGAGAGACGCGGCAUUAUGACUACGCAUCCAUAUCAUAAAUCUACUUUUGGAAAGAGACCUACUCCAGCUCUACCAUCUACUAGAGUUCCAUGGUAAUAUCAGAUCAAAAUUUGAGACAUCUAUCUUUUCAAUUUAACAUUGGGAAAAUAGUGGCCUUAUCAAUAUUAUGCUAAAUAGUUAUAAUUUUAACAAGGAUCCCUCAAAGGAAUCCGAAUAAAAUAUAUGUAAUACUGGAUAUUGUAAUUUUUUUCAUAAAUAGAUCUCUCUUGACUAUAUGGUUAAAGUUGACUAUACAAUAAAAUGACUUUUUAAUAUUAUCUUAUGUCUUAGCUUGAAAAAAAAAUAUAUAUAUAUAUAUAAAUGUAGUAAUGCAAUAUAUCAAGAAAAUUAAAACGAUAAUUUUUGUAUAACUGUAAAUUAUUAUAUUUUGUAUGCAUGAGAGAGGGAGAGAGAGUGAGAGAGAUGUAAUUAUAUUUUUUUUUAAAUUAUCCAAGAUUAAUCAAAAAAUUUUAUCUUAAUCGAAAUAUAGAAUUUCUGUUGUGUGUAGAGUGUCGACUACUUG